AAAUCAAAUCACAAAGGUGAAUGUGAAGUGACAUUGUCAAUACGUCGUCGUAGAGUGAGGCUUUAGACAAUUUGGGGGUAAACACAAAAGAACAGACCUUUCUCUCUCCGAUUGCUUCCCUCUCAUCAUCUCUGCAAACAUCAAUACCAGCAAUUGCACCCUCCAUUCUGCAUUUUAGCAAACGUGACUGUGGAUUCUGCGCAGUGAAAUUUACUUGUUAGGCCCUUGCAGUAAGGAGUUCAGAACACUAAAGGCCAUGGCUACGAGGAAAGUUAUUGCUAUAUGUCAAUCAGGAGGUGAGUUUGUGACAGACAAGGAUGGAUUAUUGUCAUACAGUGGAGGGGAUGCGUAUGCAAUAGACAUUGAUCAGCAGACGAAUUUAAGUGAUUUUAAGUCAGAGAUAGCAGAAAUGUUCAACUGCAAUAUAAAUACGAUGAUUAUCAAGUACUUUCUUCCUGGCAACAAGAAAACACUUAUUACAGUGUCUAAAGACAAGGAUUUGCAACGCAUGGUCAGUUUCCUUGGGGAUGUUAACACGGUUGAUGUGUUUAUUAUGUCAGAGGAAGGAGCUGCUCGAAAUAACAAUUCCAACAUGCCUGGUAGUAGGUCAAGCAGGACAACUGUGUCGGAAACCGUUGUUCCUGUCGUUGCUCCUAUUGAUGUCAUUGUUGAUGCUGUCCAAUGCAUUGAUCAAGUAGAGGUUGAUGUAGCUAAUGAUGUCUCUGCACGUUCUAUUUGUUCUGGGGGUAAUGAUGACAGUCAUCGUAAAGCUGCACAGCAGUGGGAAAAUACCAUCACUGGUGUGGGCCAAAGAUUCAAUAGUUUUAGUGAAUUUCGUGAAGCAUUGCAUAAAUACUCUAUUGCUCACGGGUUUGAUUACAAAUAUAAGAAAAAUGAUAGUCAUCGUGUCACCGUCAAAUGUAAAUGUCAAGGCUGUCCUUGGAGAAUAUAUGCAUCUAGGUUGUCUACCACACAGUUGAUUUGCAUUAAGAAAAUGCACUACAAUCAUACUUGUGAAGGAUCUGCCGUUAAAGCUGGGUAUCGAGCAACUAGGGGUUGGGUGGGAAGUAUUAUAAAAGAGAAAUUGAAAGAUUCACCCAAUUACAAGCCAAAGGAUAUUGCUGAUGACAUAAAGCGGGAAUAUGGGAUUCAGUUAAAUUAUUCUCAAGCGUGGCGUGCAAAAGAAAUUGCUAGAGAGCAGCUUCAAGGCUCCUAUAAAGAGGCUUAUACGCAGUUGCCAUUUUUCUGUGAGAAGAUAAAAGAGACCAAUCCAGGGAGUUUUGCAACAUUCACAACUAAGGAGGACUCAAGUUUUCAUCGUCUCUUUGUAGCAUUUCAUGCCUCAAUAUCUGGUUUUCAGCUAGGUUGUCGCCCUCUCAUUUUCCUUGACAGAACUCCUUUAAACUCAAAGUACCAAGGGGAAUUAUUGGCUGCCACUGCUGUGGAUGGAAAUGAUGGCAUUUUUCCUGUAGCCUUUGCAGUUGUAGACACCGAGACUGAGGACAAUUGGUGCUGGUUUCUGCAGGAACUGAAAUUAGCUAUAUCAACAUCUGAGCAGAUCACAUUUGUUGCAGAUUUUCAAAAUGGCCUAAAAAGUUCAUUGUCUAAUAUAUUUGAAAAAUGCUACCAUAGCUAUUGCUUACGUCACCUUGCUGAGAAAUUGAACAAGGACUUGAAGGGACAAUUUUCUCAUGAGGCCAGACGGUUCAUGAUUAAUGAUUUUUACGCUGCUGCUUAUGCCCCCAAAUUGGAUACUUUUGAACGUAGUAUUGAGAACAUUAAAGGUAUUUCUCCGGAGGCCUAUGAUUGGGUGAUCCAAAGUGAGCCAGGCCACUGGGCAAAUGCAUUCUUUAAUGGAGCAAGGUAUAAUCUCCUUUCAUCAAAUUUUGGACAGCAGUUCUACAGUUGGGUGUCAGAGGCACAUGAGUUGCCAAUUACUCAAAUGAUUGAUGCAUUGCGAGGUAAGAUGAUGGAAACAAUUUAUGCACGACGUGUAGAAUCUAAUCAAUGGAUUACAAAGCUGACACCAUCCAAGGAGGACUUGCUACAAAAGGAAACAUUAGUUGCUCGUUCACUUCAAGUAUUGUUCUCAGAAGGUAGCACAUUUGAGGUCCGUGGAGAAUCUGUUGAUAUUGUUGAUAUUGAUAACUGGGAUUGCAGCUGCAAGGGGUGGCAACUUACUGGUGUACCAUGCUGUCAUGCCAUUGCUGUCUUUGAAUGUGUUGGUAGGAGUCCAUAUGAUUAUUGUUCAAGAUACUUCACAGUUGAGAAUUAUCAAUUAACAUAUGCAGAGUCUAUUCACCCUGUGCCAAAUGUUGACAGACCACCUGUACAGGGUGAAUCCGCUGCUUUAGUUAUGGUAACCCCUCCACCAACUAAGCGCCCUCCAGGUCGGCCAAAAAUAAAGCAAGUUGAAUCAAUAGACAUAAUUAAACGUCAGCUUCAGUGUAGUAAAUGCAAGGGACUUGGCCAUAAUAGGAAGACGUGCAAAGUUUCAUAGUAUCACAAUUCACAACGUAAGCCAUCUUCAUGACGGGUAGAAGACAUGUACUUGUAGAGAUAUAUGUUGCAUACAAUACAAGUCUGCAAGAGUGCUCAUAUGAAGUGUCUUUUGCAGGUCUUACUGAAUGCCAAAUUUAUAAUCAUAGGUGCUCUUGAUGAUUUUUUAAGGUGUAUUCCUAAAAUUUUCUCUGGGCAAAUUAACUAAACUGAUGUAGAUUUAAGUUCAGCCCAAUAUUUAUAUAUAUACACUCAUCCAAUUCCCAAGGCCCUGGUGGUUGUAACUGAUUGAGCAAAAUUUAGUAGCAGAAUUGAUUUUGAUGGAUUCUAGUGAACUUGUAUUUACCGUGCUUAAGUUUGUGUGCUGAUGUAAAUAUUGACAGGAACGGAUAACAGAGCAGGUAAGGUACAUGUAAAUCAAUUUUAAUAUUCAGUAAUUGUUUAUAAAAGACUAGAGUCUUUGUUUACAUGCGUGUAAUUUAAAAUAUAAAUAAAUCUGAGUUUAAGGCCAGGCUACGAUACAUGUUCGGGUUUUUGUUCUUACACUCUGAGGAUUUGGUUUUGACGUUUGGAGUUUCAAAAUUACCUUUCAGAUGUUGAAAAGUAGAAGAUAUUCAAAAUAGUUUUUGUUUUUCUAUGGUCCCAUCUUCUUCAGCAUUGGUGUUGAAAAAAAAGUUUGAACAACGAGCAUAUUUCAUAUUGCGUAGAUAUAUGAAUGUUUGAGUAUAAGCAGGUAUAGUUAACAUCACAUGCUUCCUUUGAUUGCUAGUAUGAGCAAGCAGUGUUGUGCACAAGGACAACGACAACAUGAAAAAGUAUUCUUUUAGUUCAGUGCUGCAAGGGCCCUUAGCGAUACUAUGUGGUUACUAUUUCUUUAAGAUUUUACAUUAAUUAUAAGCCUAAUUCAAACUUAAUAUCGAUUAUAUGG